UUGGAUGCACCUUUACUCCACACCAACCAGAUAAAAAAUCUGYACAWUAUUCAUUUGUUCCCAGUUUCAUUUCUCGUCGUUGCUAUGGUACCCAAAAUGUACGUCAGUAAUGUGUUAAUACUGUCAUAUCACUAUGUUUAAAUGCCCAUAUUAAUAGUCGAUGAAACAAUGAUUACAGCGUAUUGAUUGUGCAAUUCCCAUCAUAUACAUGCAGAAUACUGCUGUUCAAAGGAAAUAAGAACUUUAUUUUGGGAAUCAUAACCGGAAUCUCGUCCAAACAAGAACUAGCGACAUGACUUAUACCUCAUUUUGCUUACGUAGAUGGACAUGUAUUKUAAUAGGACUGGUUUCCAUGGUUAUAGUUGCCACAGCAACAGAAUGCAAAGAUACUGGUAAACUCUGUUGGUGGUGGAGUUACAUGAAAUGGUGCAGUCCAACUAACUCUUAUUCCAGAGAGAAAUGCCCAAAACGAUGUGAUCUUUGCCCGACCGAACCACCUUCUGUAACGACGUCAUCAUCUUUGGGUCCGUCAGUACCUAGCGUGACACCACCUGUCACACCAUCACCAACACGUGUAACGCCAUCCGUGACCACACCUUCCAAACCAAAUCGACCCAARAAGUGCGAGACAAUCGAAYURCCUUUCAGUCGUAACAUGGCUGAGAAUAUGUAUAUAGUUGGACACAUUCUGCGCGCGCAUGAUGCAGUGAGUGAAACCCAGUGCGAGGAUUUCUGUCUGAGGGCUCACAAUUGCUUGGGGUUUAAUUUUAACCUCGUUGGUUUUAACGUAAAAAACUGCGAACUUCUGGAUCACGUUAGGACAUACGCGCAUAAAAAUGGCUUUAGAUUUCGACUGCUGGACAGGGAAUAUGCGUAUAAGAAUAUCUUGAAGCCAUGCUGUUGAUGUACAACAACCAAGUCGAAAUCAAUACCGACAACAAGACGACCGUGUGACGCAAGGCAUUAUGGUUGUUACGUUGCUCUUGACGCAAUCUUCCGUUCUGUGAACUUGUGUUCAAGAGAUAUGCUAAGAAACGUGACUUCAAACAGUUGUUUAAACCAGAUACAUUAGAAGAUUACGUCUUGUUCACGAAUAUAACAACCAAGCAAAAGCGGUAAAAAAAAAAAAAAUGAAUAAAAUACAAUCGAAAAAAUUAUUUGAAUCGAUAGAUGAAUGAAUAAAUGAAUGAAUGAAAAUAUUUUAAAAUUAAUUUAAGAAUAGAAUAGUUUAAUUCAUAGGACUUGCUAUAAUGCAUAUUCUAUUAUAUAUAUUUAAGAUUUGAAUCCUUUAGUAGGUUUUAAA